GCUCGAAGAUGUUGGUGUUAAAAAUAUUUCUGUAGUUUCAGUUUCGGCAAAAAUAAAUUCAAUUUCUCUGUGUAACGGUGUUAGAGAAGAUCAGGUGAAACUAGUUAACGUCUAUUGAAUUAGAUAUUCCCUCAUGUCUUUACUCAACAAACUAUCCGUUAGACUGGCAGGUGUUUGGGCGCCUGCUUAACAUGUGCAAAAAUAAAUAUUGUUGGUUUUAGAGAAUUAAUUAUCUGACCCGCCGUUGAAUAUCUCAUAGUGUAUAUGGGCCCGUAGUAAGCCUUCUGUUGAAGACAAGUAAUUAGAGAUCUUUUGAGCGAAAUUUUAUGAUCAUGAUUGUAAUCAUUCGUUGAAGCUUUUGUAACGAAGGUGCGAAUUGUUCGAAAAAAAAACUCGGCCCUUUCAGCUAAGCCAGUUCUAAACUGGGAAGUAGGAAACAAAGACACAUUUUCACCUCGGAAAAGAAUGCGUGAUUCGCUCGUUGAACUUGUAACAAAAUCUCUGUGAAUAAGAUCGCUUACAGAGUUCAUUAACACCACGUCCAAUUUUCAAACAGAAAUAUCAGUCACUCCCGCAGUUUGUUUACGAUGACAAGUACAACAUUUGUAGGGUUUCUCAGUCGUUUGGUCGCGACUGGGGAAUUUAAAUCUUUGCACGAGCAUUUGACAACUUUUUUCGACGCGAGCUAUCGGAACAGUUGCGAAGAAAACACCGCAUUUUGUUGCGAGCUUAUUGAGAUACAUGCUAAACUGCAAGGCCAGCUGUUUCACCUUUUGGAGUUGUGUUCAUCCGAAGGAGGGAUUUACGGCGGGAGCGAAGCGCUGAAGAAACGACUUUUGCCAUGGCUUCGCAAUGGGUUCCUCACUGCAAGAAUCAACAAGGAAGAUGCAGAGGUCAUAAAGGAAAAAUACGAACUGAUUGUGAAGAAAAUGGAUGAAGACUUAAGUGCCUCCAAGGUGGAAGCGGCCGAGUUAAAAAUCAAAUUAGCUGAUGCAGAAGACGAGAUGAGGGCUUUGCGCCGACAGUUGAAAGAAAAUCAACAAGGAGACUACCAAGAAAUCAUCGAGUUGGGGAAGAAGUUAACACAUGCUAAGAAUGAACUUGUAGCUAGGGAAUGCCAGAUUAAAGAGCUGACUAAAGAAACUCUUGAGCUAAAGAGAGAAAACUCCGAACUACAUGGAAGGUUACACAAGAAGCUCUUGGAUACUGCAACGGAACCCGAACCCGUUCGUCUUGUGACGAAACCUUAUGUUGAUGAAGUGGUGCCGUAUCAGUCGCGCUCUUUCAAACUAGUGGAAAGAUUUUCAGAGCUGUACAAAAAUGAGCGAGUACAGAUUUUGAACUCUUUGAAGGGAAUGCCUGAUAGUUCCACAGCUGAACGAUUUGUGUUUUCAAUUGUCGAGGUGGGACAAAUAAACAAUAGUUUGUCUCUCUUUUUGUUUUCAGAUCAGGCUAGCUUUGUAAUUUUAUCAAUUUCCAGGUUACACAAGAAGCUCUUGGAUACUGCAACGGAACCCGAACCCGUUCGUCUUGUGACGAAACCUUAUGUUGAUGAAGUGGUGCCGUAUCAGUCGCGCUCUUUCAAACUAGUGGAAAGAUUUUCAGAGCUGUACAAAAAUGAGCGAGUACAGAUUUUGAACUCUUUGAAGGGAAUGCCUGAUAGUUCCACAGCUGAACGAUUUGUGUUUUCAAUUGUCGAGGUGGGACAAAUAAACAAUACCUGCGAAAACANGAGGUCCCGGAUGAACCAGGCAUUACAAUCCAGCGCUCAGGGUGGUCUAGAGGAAUCGGACAGAGUAAACGAGUUGGUGGAGAAUUAUGUGAAAAAGAACACGGAGCUGUAUGAUGUCGAGACACUAAUUUCAGAUGUCAUCAAAUCUUUACAUCGCAACUCUUCAAUCGCUCCCUACAUGGCGUGUAACGAGAAAAUCACUGCUCCCUUCGUCCGUGAGGUGUUACGCGUGGCCUGGCCCAUGGUAGCCCUGGAUCCUCCGAUAGACCUCCCCACAGCACUGGAAGGCGACGUCAUAAAUGAAACACGCUAUCGAAGAACAUACGACUCCGAGUUUAGUGCAACUACCAUCGCCUAUUUUGUGUGGCCGGCUUUAGUUAGAGACAGGAAAGUUUUGGCUAAGGGAGAGGUGGUUACCAGGAGAACGUCGCCGCGGAAAGGAGGAAAGGUAUAAGUGAACAUGAAGUAAAACUUGACAUCUAAUUAAUUCAACUGUUGCGAUUUUUACAGAUGGUAAUAAACCGGUGGUUG